UCUAAGGAAAAAAAACUUAUUAUAGUAGGAGGUAUUAUUUGUUUCCUGCAAGCAAAAUUCCAGAACGACAUAACAUGACGCAUUUUGUAAUGGCAGCGGCGGGAUAGACAACAAUUUGGCAUGAAGACGGAGGUCAACGGUACUACAACAAUUCGAAAACGAUUUCUGAAGAAGACUAUGAUUUGGACAAUCGGAUUGUUCAUAAUAUUGCUUUCGUGGAGCCAAGCUUCCGAGGUCCCAAUAUUAACAGUUACUGAAAUUGAAGAUGUACCAAACUUAUAUUUUGACAACAUGGGCCUCACCAGGGUAUACCAUCGCCAAUGGAAAAUUUUGUAUAACUAUGACUUAAUCGAUCUGGAUGCCAUAGAAGACACUAUCAUUAAUUGUUUCAAGACGACUGUUAGAACGUUUCAUGAAACCUCACACCAGGUAUAUGACGGCCCUCUUAGAGCUUUACUCAACAGAUUCUUUAGAGCAAUGAAAGAUAAAAGUCGCCUACUUAAUAGUAUACGUAUAUUCAAUGAAACUACACAAGAAAGUGGUUCGUUGAAUCCUAUUGAAAAUGUAGCAAAUAUCAUCUUCGGAACCCUCAGUUCAAAAGAUGCCGAAUAUUAUAAUUCAGAAAUAGACAAUCUUUAUGCUAAUAAUAAGACACUUGCAAUAUAUAAGGAUAAAGGGACUACUAUUGCACGAGGAUUAUUUAAAGAUUUAACGAAUUACAAAGAUAAAAUUCAAACUACAACUGAACUAUUUAACCAAAUCAUAGAAAAUAAUAUUCAAGAACUGCACAAAUUAAGUAUGUUACUAACGUUAUCUGAAAUUGUAACCGAGUACACACAGCUUGUAGUAAAACUUGAAAGUCUAAUCACUAAUGGAAUACAAGGUAAACUAAAUCCCGCUAUGUUUGAUCAAGUAAGUCUUCUGACUAUUUUAAAAGUAAUGCAAUCAAAACUCGGUCCAGAACAAAUGUUUUAUCCCGCGGAAAAAGAUAAAGUCUCCCACUAUCAACAAAUUAUAAAGAUUAACAUUUUUGGGCUUCAAAGGACGAAACUUUGCUUUGAACUUUUAAUUCCGAUCUUGGAAUCUGAAAUUUACUCACUUUACCAACUUGUUCCAGUUCCUCUUAUCGAAGACAAACUAAUGUAUUUUGUGUCCAUCACUGAACGUUUUAUAUUAUUAGAUAACUCUACCAAGCAUUAUAACCCAAUCAAAAUGUCGCAUAUAAAUAAUUGUGUAAUUAUUGAUAAGAAUAGACUUUGCGAGCUCGAUACUUCAAUGUUAGCUACCACAUAUCAAGAUCCAUGUAUAUCACGCGCUAUUCACCAAUUACCAGAAGAAAAUAAUUGUCCGAAAACAGUUGCGAAAAUCUUCAACCCAAUUUGGGUAGAAUUAUAUUCAAAACAGACUUGGAUUUCCAUAACCCGUAAACCGGAAAGUUUGAAUAUUACUUGUCAAAAUUUACGAAAUGAAACGAAAAUUAUUGAAGGAAUUAACAUAAUUUCAAUUGCAUCAGAUUGUGUAGGCAAUAUGCAUUCGACUACAUUGUUGCCAACAAAAUUAAAAUCAGACAUCACAAUGCAUACAGUUCCUUUGGGAAUGACAAACGUAACAGUUCAAGAGCUCGAUGAUACUUCGUUAGCAUACGCAAAAAUUCCAGAAUUUUAUGAAUCAAUUAUUUCACCAGAACACUUUAGCUCGCAUUCAAAAAGUUUAUCAGAAAUAACAGAGGAGGCAUCGGAAAUCUUAAUGCAUGUUGAAGCCACUACGCAAUCGGACAAUGACUGGUCAACUUUAGACAUAUCAGAAGUGGUAAUAGGAAUUCUAAGUUUGUUUUAUUAUAUUCUUUUUAAAUUAUGCAAAAUAUCAAAAUGUUGUAAGUGUUGUAAGUGUUGUUGCAAGUGUUGUACCUGCUGCUGUAAACGAAGUAGUAACGACCGAAAUACCGAUGCGGAACAAACCGUGCGAUUUUCCAAAACAUGUAAAAAUCAACCAACAUCCACUUUGGAUGAAAUCGACGAAAAACCUUGAAUGUAUAAUCUUAAUCUAACUCAUUCAUAAUAGAUGAGUAGUAGAUGAUACUUAAGUUCAAGGCCAUCAAGCUUGCAGUAUUGUAAAAAAAAAAGGAGAGACAAAAGCCUUACGAAGGUAAUUCCUUUUAAAACAUGCGAGAUGAUGUUACGUCUACUCGAUAUGCACAAUCAAAUUGUCAUUCCGCGGUCAGAAUAGAUAAGGCAAUCAUACGAGGAAGCGUAAAAAUAACGCUUCCUCACAUGCGAUGCAACUAUCCGGCAAUUAACAGUAUAAACAGCUCUGAUUGUGAAAAACGUCAGUUCACUAUUCCGGGCACUUAACACUUUACCGUCCGGCAGCGGUGGAACACGUAAUUACAUUUAGUAAGUUUUUUUUUUCAUGACAAUGUUGCACAUUAAUAUUUAUUGAAUAUUUCAUAUUUUAUACAACGAUGGAAGUAUACGAUACUAUCUCAGCAAUAUCUAUUCGUUACCUACAAAGUAUUGAUUGUCAUGGCAAAGUGUUAAUAAACCGCUUAUGAUCUA